UGUUGAAGUCACUUGAAUGACUUUGUUGAUGCUUUGGUAUUAUGUUUAACGAUGUGCAGUUUUCAAUUAAUUAGAUAUUAAUCGAAAUUACCUUAUUAAUCAGACACUAGAGGAUCACAUAAUUCGAUCCUCUAGGUUUUUAUCAUUAUUUCAACUUUCUUCCUCUCAUGAUUACGUUUUGAGUGCAUUUUGUGUCUGAAAAAAGGAAAAGAGAGUUACUAUCUCUUUUCUGUUCCAGUUUUUAAAUGAUUCGGUGUUUACUUCAACUUAGCCGAACUAAAUUCACCGGUAAACAUUUUGUCUUACACUCUGACAGAUCUUUGAUCAAAAAUUACAAGUCAUUUUAUCGUUUGUUUCAUGGUCUUGGCCAUGGUAGUGAGGCUAAUGGUCUCACAUCAGCGAAUAAUAAAGUCGGAUCAUGGUCAAUAAUAAAACAAAUGACCAGUUAUGUUUGGCCUAAGGACAAACCUGAGCUGAAAAAACGGGUCGUUGUUGCUCUUGGAUUAUUAGUUGCUGCAAAGGCAGUAAAUGUCUCCGUUCCUUUCAUUUUCAAGUAUCUAAUUGACUUUUUGAAUACAAGUCAAGGAACACCAUUGAACUUCAGUGAUCCUGCAACCACUGCUAUCACGUCUGCUAUCUCAUUAGUUGUAGCAUAUGGUGUCUUCAGGGCUAGUGCAUCUUUAUUCAAUGAAUUGAGAAAUGCAGUUUUCGCCAAAGUUGCUCAUGACUCAAUAAGAACUGUUGCUAGAAAUGUUUUCCUUCAUCUUCAUAAAUUGGACCUUUCUUUUCAUCUGUCAAGACAAACUGGUGCACUUUCCAAAGCAAUUGAUCGAGGAACCAGGGGUAUUAAUUUUGUUUUAAGUGCAAUUGUUUUCAAUGUUGCACCUACAAUACUCGAGGUUGCCUUGGCUAGUAGUAUUCUGUAUUAUAAAUGUGGUCCGCAAUUCGCAGCUAUCACGCUCAUCUGUAUUGGUAGCUACUCUGCUUUUACUUUCGGGGUUACUUCAUGGAGAACAAAGUUUCGUUUACAAAUGAACAAGGCGGAGAAUGAUGCCGGAAAUCAUGCAAUCGACUCUCUAAUUAAUUACGAGACUGUUAAAUAUUUCAACAAUGAACAGCAUGAAGCUGCUUUAUAUGAAAAAGUACUUAAAAAAUAUGAAGAAGCUUCACUAAAAACGUCAACAAGUUUAGCAAUGCUUAAUUUCGGACAAAAUGCUAUAUUCAGUUCAGCUUUGGCUGGUGUUAUGGGAUUAGCUGUUGUUCAGAUCAUAAACGGCAAUAUGACUGUUGGUGAUCUUGUUAUGGUUAAUGGCUUAGUUUUUCAACUUUCUAUGCCUCUGAACUUUCUUGGAACAGUUUAUCGGGAAGUUAGACAAUCACUAAUUGAUAUGAAAACUAUGUUUAGCAUUCUAAGUUUGAAGUCAGCGAUACAAAGUAAACCAGGAGCUCCCUUUUUAAAAGUUACACCAGAAAAUGCCUCUGUUGUUUUUGACAAUGUUUACUUUGAGUAUGUGAAAAACCAGCCAAUUCUCAAUAACUUAUCAUUUGAAGUUCCUGCUGGUAAAAAAGUUGCUUUCAUUGGCGGUAGUGGAUCAGGAAAGACUACAAUAAUUCGCUUAAUGUAUAGAUUCUUUGAGCCUCAACAGGGCAAAGUUCUAGUGGCCGGACAAGAUAUUAAAGAUAUUGAUGUAGAUAGCUUAAGACAAGCUAUUUCCGUUGUUCCACAAGAUCCAGUGCUAUUUAAUAAUACCAUUGAAUACAAUUUACAAUAUGGUAAUUUCAGUGCUUCCCAGGAGAGGAUUCAUGAAGCGUCUUCUAUGGCUGAACUUCAUGACUCAAUUCAACGCUGGCCAAAGGCGUAUCAAACACAAGUUGGUGAACGGGGUCUUAAGCUAAGUGGUGGUGAAAAACAACGAGUAGCAAUUGCUAGGGCUAUUGUAAAAAAUAGUCCGAUAUUGAUUUUUGACGAGGCUACCUCAUCUCUGGACUCAAUCACGGAACAUAAAAUUCUUAAAGCUUUAUCAAGAGCUGCCCAUGGUCGAACAUCCAUUUGUAUAGCUCAUCGCCUUUCAACUGUUGUUGAUGCAGAUCUAAUUUACGUCCUUCAGGAUGGUCGUGUUGUUGAAACGGGAAAUCACAGUUCGCUUGUUGCCAACCCAUCUUCAUUAUAUGCACUUUUGUGGUCUAAACAACAUGAAACCAAUCAUAUGUUGUAGACUGGAAUAGCUGUGAUCAUUGUUAAUUUGUAUAAAAAUUAAAUGAAUUUAUGCUUAUUGCUAAA